AUGAGUAAACCAGUAUGCCUCGAUGACUAUGAAGCCUAUGCACGCCAAAAGAUGGAAGCACCUCACUUUGGGUUCUUUUGCACUGGUGCCGAAGAUGAAGUGACUCUUCGCCGCAACAAAGAGGCCUACAACGAAUUGAUCAUCAGACCCCGUGUCAUGGUGAAUGUCAAGGACAUUGAUCUCUCAACCAGCAUCCUCGGUCAGCCUAUCAAGACCCCAAUUUGCAUUGCACCCACAUCAAAUCAUCGUCUUGCACAUCCAGAAGCCGAGAAGGCAACAGUAAGAGCAAGUGCAGCACACGGCACAUGUUUUUGUUUGUCAAGCUAUAGCAACUGUGGCAUGGAAACAGUGAUGAACGAAGCAACCAAAGUGGAUCCAAAUUCUUUGCAAUGGUUUCAGCUUUAUGUCGACCGGGACCGUAAAGUGACCGAACAAAUGGUGCGACGUUGUGAAAAGGCGGGUUUUAAAGCAAUCGUGUUAACGGUGGAUCUUCCCACUUUGGGACGUCGUUUGACUGAAGAACGCGCCGGCUUUAAGCUUCCCGACUUCAUCCGAUUUGGAAACUUUCAAGAUGAGCAUAGUGGUCGUGGUCCCAAUCGUCAUUUUGGAUAUGAUGUGGAUGCUUCUCUCAACUGGAAAGAUGUUGCAUGGCUCAAGAGCAUUACCAAAUUGCCAAUUGUCGUCAAGGGCGUGUUGCGUGGUGACGAUGCAGCACUCGCUGUAAAGCAUGGUGCACAAGGUAUUAUCGUAUCCAACCAUGGUGGUCGUCAAUUGGAUCAUAGCCCUGCCAGUAUUGAAGCGUUGCCUGAAAUUAUCGAAGCUGUACGAGGCACAUCCGUGGAGGUGUAUGUAGACGGUGGUAUUCGGCAUGGCAGUGAUGUGUUCAAGGCACUUGCUCUUGGUGCUCGUGCAGUGUUUCUUGGACGACCCAUUAUCUAUGGCCUUGCCUACAAUGGUGAGGAUGGUGUCAAACAAGUGCUUUCACAGAUCAACAAGGACCUUACGACAACAAUGACAUUGGCUGGAUGCACUUCCAUUGACAAAAUUACUCGUGACUAUGUUGCUCCUCGUAUUCCACUCUCUGUUCGUUUGUUGGCUGGAAAAUUAUAG